GCCUCAAUAUUGGUACGUAAACUUCCAAUCAGUUUCCUAUCCUAUUCUAUGUAUAUCUAUAUAUUAGUAUACUAUUCAAAACAAUAUGUUAUAUACAGUUUUCGUUGAAAAUUUGCUUAGAACAUAAGGCUGCAGGCUGCAGCCGACAUUAAGCGUGUCUAUAUAAGACCCAUACUUUUGCAAUUCCAACAUAUUUUCAAAAAGCGCACACACACAGAAAAAAAAAAAUUUCAAUCAUCACCAAUUUGUUCAAUAACAAAAAAAAAAAAAGAGAGAGAGUAUCGUAUUGCUGACAUGGCAAAGAGCAAGGACGGUUCGCUACUAAAUCGGUUGAGACAAGCCGUGAAUAAAGUAAAAUUCGUGUUAAGUUUCAAGAUAAACAGCCUCUGGGGUCUUGUACCGAUGCUUGGUUCUUCCUCUUCUUCUUCGUCUCUUCGGUUUAGUUUCAACGAUAGACCCGGUUUAGCAGGGGCUUGUACCGAGGAGAAUGAACCGGAUUCAACCGGUUCUUCAAGAGGAGCGUUGUGUAGAGCCGGGAGUUAUGAUCCAUCUUCAGACGAAGACAUAGACAGCAAAGCUGAGAUGUUCAUAGCUAAUUUCUACAAGCAGCUUAAGAUUGAGAGACAAAUCUCUUUGGAACUUAAAUAUUGUUUGGGUAAUAAUCAGAGUUUCAACUACAGGUCGCCUUAAUUUUCUCAUUAUUUAUUCAUUCGUUCAUUUAUUGUAAUUAAUAAUAAGAUCCCAUAAUUUUCAUUGGGUCUUAGUUGAUGAUGGGGCCUGCUAUUUUUUUUCGUGGUAGGCUUAUCCGUUUGUCAGUACUCAUUUGUGAGUCACAUUUAUUCAUUUACAUUUUAUAAUUUAUGAAUGUAAUGAUCUCAUGAGAGAAAAAUGUGAUGAUGUAAUGUCAUUUGAUCGAUUUGUGUAUUUAAAGCUUU